CCUGACUGAAAGCACACAGACUGUCUGCGUCAGUGCGCCAUGGAGAGAAACGCUGCAGUGUCGGCCCGCAGGACUCCUUCAGCACCAGAAUGCAACAUCUCGACCUCCACACUGGCCUUCGACCAGCACUUCACCACAACUGCCAAAGGAAUACUCCUCAUGACUGAAAUAGUGGGUGGUAUGUUGGUGUGGAUUCUGGUAGGGGGUACAGAUUAUUUUCAUCUGUCUGCUCUCUGCUGGGUGAUGUUCGUUGCCGUCUUGUGCUGGGUUCUGACCAUUUGCCUGUUCAUAAUUUACCUCACUGGAGCCCACAACAGGAUACCACAGGUCCCCUGGACUACACUGUCGCUGUGUUUUAACUGCAGUGCUACGGCUCUGUAUCUGGUGACAGCAGUAGUAGAUGCUCUGUCAGUGAACCAGGCCAUUAGGGGGCGACACAACUACAACUGCUGGGCAGCAUCUGCAUUCUUUGCAUUUCUCACCACACUGUGUUAUGCAGGAAGCAGUUACCUGAGUUACCAUGCCUGGAAAACCACAGACGAGGGACAAUAGAGACAUUGUUCAGAUUGUGCCAGAGUGCUCUGAUACUCCAGAGAAGGACAAGGCUUCAGUCAAAUAAAAACUUGUAUAGAAACUGUAAAUAUGCUAUGAUGGAAUGCCUUUGUGUUUUUAGCAGACAGACAUAGAGGCAGAGGGGGUAUUUACUACCAAGAGCCAUUUGUCACACACUAGUGAAGUUGAGUUAGUUGAUAAAAAAGUUAAUAAAAAAAGAACUAAACAUGUAUGUAUGUUUGAGGUUGCAUGAUCUGUAGUGUCACACACAUGAAUGAACAGUGUUUACGAUUCUGCACCCAGUAACAUUACAUGUAAAGUCAAACGCAUUUUGUUACUGGUGUGGUAAAAAACCAGUAAGAUGCCGGACACACAAUUACAGUAAGAAUGUGACAUUGAGUAUAUAUAUAUGAGAUAGCAGACCAUAGCAGGCCUUUUUUUAAAUUUUUUGCUUUAAAUAUUUUUCAAAAACAACCAAGUACAGCAGUAAUAGCAGUAUCGCUUGCUUUUAUUUUGCUGUUUUAUGAAUUUUACAUAAACAUUUUACAAAAGAGUUUAAGUCAUACUAAACAUUUUCCAGGAAUGAAAACAUGCAGAAAUAAAAAUCAUAUAGACACUACAAUAAUCCUGUUACCCGUACAAUUAACAUUCAUCAGAACAUGUGAUUCUGAUUGUGCAGUAAACCACUGCUUUG